AUGAUGGGGACACAGAGUGGUUGUUUGACCUACUGUGAUCCUAACAUAGAAGAUCUUAAAGAUGAGUUCACAAAAUUAAUUGUGAAGAGAGAUGCGUUGCAGAGGUUGGUCAAUGAGGCCGAAAGGGAAGGGGAAGUGAUCAACUAUGAUGUUUUGAUUUGGCUAGGCACGGUGGAUGUGAUGAUCGGCAAAGUCUCGCGUUUUGAAGAUGAAGUCAACAGGAGAAGACGAUGCUUGUAUUGGCUGAGUUUGAGUAGGCAAGCGCAGAAGAUUAAACAUGAUGUUCUUCAUCUCCUUGAAGAAGGAAAAUUCCAAAAUGUAGCCCAUCCAGCAGCUCCACAGAUCCAAAAUGUAGCCCAUCCAGCAGCUCCACAGACGAUACUGCCAACAUUAACAGCAGGCGUUAGAGGCCCUAAAUCCAGAAUAACAAUCAUGAAUCAUGUCUUGGAGGCUUUGAAGAAUGAAAAAAUAACAAUGGUUGGGAUUUGCGGGAUGGGCGGUGUGGGUAAAACCCUAAUGGCGGAAGAAAUCAUUAAAAUAGUACAAGGAAAGCUGUUUGAUGCGGUUGUGAUGAUAGUUGUGUCCCCAAACCCAAACAUUAGAAAAAUAGAAGCUGAAAUUGCAGAUAAACUAGGUCUUACAAUUGACCUAGAAACUGAAAAGGUAAGAGAAAGGAUCCUCAUCGUAUUAGAUGAUGUAUGGUCAGUACUUGAUUUUGAGGCAAUAGGACUUCCGUUUGGACCUUCACAUAAAGGUUGCAAAGUUUUGGUGACAUCAUCGAAUUUGGAUGUGUGCUAUGAGAUGGGGAGUCAAAAGAACUUUACACUCCCGAUGUUAACUGCAGAAGAAGCGUGGGAGCUAUUCCAGGAGACAAUAGGUGAACCCUUGGAUGCUGAUCCUGAUUUAUGUGGUAUUGCAAAAGCGCUCACAAAUGAAUGUGGAGGUUUACCGUAUAGUGUCGUAACUAUUGCGAAAGCGCUUCAAAAUAAUAAGAGUAAGUAUGAAUGGUCUAAUGCCCUUCAGAAACUAAAAGGGCAUGAAAUUCCUCCCCAAGCUUAUUAUUCUAGUAUAAAACUCUGUUAUGAAAGACUGGAGAACGUUGAACUCAAGUCAUGCUUUUUACUAUGUUGUUUAUUUCCACAAGGUUACGAUAUUCCAAUUGAUUAUUUGGUUAGAUAUGCGUGGGGCCAAGGAAUAAUUUAUGACAGGUUUGAUUCAGUGGAGGCAGCAAGAAUGCGAGUACAUGUUUUAGUUGUCAAACUAAAAAGGAGGUUUUUGCUGCUAGAUAGCAGCAAGGAAGGCUGUACCAAAAUGCAUGGCGUAGUUCAUGGCGUUGCCAUAUCAAUUGCUUCCCAAGAUAUGGAUGUUUUUAUGGUACAAGAUCAAGCUGGAUAUAGAAGUUGGCAAAUAAAUCCUCCAUGCAAACAGUACACAACAGUUUCACUGAAUGAUGUUCAUAUUGACGACCCCAUUGUGACAGGUUUGGGGUAUCAAGAACUUAAACUUCUACAACUAAAAAAUAGCGAAAUUUCAGAAUCUGCCCUGGAAAGCAUGUUGAAAGGGAUGAAGCUCCAGGUUUUAUCUUUCAUACAUACAGGUUCAACAUCAAUUAGAGUGCUGCUAAGACACCUUCGGACCUUGUCUCUAGAUGAUUGUACACUGGGAGACAUAUCUAGUGUUGGGAAAUUGGAGAAUCUCGAGAUCCUCAGUUUUGCGCGUUCCAACAUCAAAGUGUUACCGAGAGAAAUUGCAGAUCUUCAACAAUUAAGGUUGUUAGAUACGACAGAUUGUUCUUAUCUAAAGGAAAUUCCUCAUGGUAUCCUAUCCACAUUAAGUAAACUAGAAGAGCUGUACAUGACACGCAGCUUUAAUAAAUGGGAGCCUGCAGAGGAAGUCGAUCAAAGCAAAGAAGGUGAGAUCCGGAUGGCAAGCCUAGCUGAGGUGAUGUCUCUACCCUCUAAAAAUUUGACAGUUUUAGCCAUAGAUAUACCGGAUUUCAAGUUGUUGCCGGAAGAUGAAGUGCUCUUGGAAAAGGAAACAACAAGAUUUCAUAUAUCUAUAUGCAAGGCUAAUACUUUUCCUAUGCCACAACCCCUGGAUUACGGAUUUAAAAAUACUGUUAAGCUUGCUGGUGAUGCAAAAGAGUUCAUGCAAAUGGAGAUAUUAGAUUUCUGCUUGGAAGCUUUAUCGAUUCAAAAUAGUAAGCACGGCACAGAGUCUCUUAUAAGUGAUCGAACGGGUAAGACUGCCUUCCUUCAGUUGAAGUCACUUGAGCUAAAUGGGAUACCGGAUUUACUAGCAAUAUGUCAUGGGCAGCUUCAAAAUCAAUCUUUUGGCAACCUAAGAUCCCUUCAGAUCAGUUGUUGUUCUGAGUUAAGAUAUGCCUUUCCAGUGUCUAUAGCAAGAAACUUGGUACAACUCCAGUCCUUAGUUGUUUAUCUAUGCGACAAAAUGCAAGAAAUUGUCUCAAAUGAGGGGAUGGAAGAUGAGAUUGAUGCAUCUUCCAAGGUUGCUUUUCCUAAUUUAACGGAGCUCAAUCUGUCCGGUGUAUCAAACCUGGUUAGUUUCUACAUAGCCAACCAGCCAUGUAGCUCAAAACCUGAGAUGGCAGAGACUUCGUCGUCAAAUCAAGGAAAUGAAGCUGGCGGGUCCUCUUUUAAGAAAUCAAAAAUACUACUUCCACCAAAUUGCAUUUCCUGGUUAAAAAAUCUAGAAGAACUAGAAGUGAAGCUGUCAUCAAAAAUAGAAGUGCUAUUUGAUCUAGAGGGCCAGAUGGUUCAGGGGAAUACUGAAGAAAUUCCAGUCUCCUUCACUCAACUACGAAAAGUGUCCCUUGCAAAUGUAACUCUGCUUGCACACUUGUGGAAGAACGUUCCAUGUCGAAUCCGGUGCUUUGAAAAUUUAAGGUUUUUAACAGUCCUAAGUUGUGACAGCUUGCAUUACCUGUUCUCCUACUCAGUGGCCAGGCAACUUGUGGGUCUUGAAGAAUUAAAAAUCUCUUAUUGCAGGACUAUGAAAACCAUAGUCGCACUUCAGUAUAAAGAAGAGAUAGGGUCCACAGGGAUCUUGUUUCCCAAACUGAGUCUUAGACUAGAAGACCUGUCAAGCCUUGUGAGCCUCAGUGAUGGUCCCAAGACUUUUAGCGACGAUGCUGAUAAUACUUUUGUAUGGCCAUCCACAAGAGUAAUGUACCUGAGAAGAUGUCCCAAAUUGGAGACAUUGGGUUCAUUGAUUCCACGAAAACAAAAACAAAGAAAGAAUAUUCCACAAAUCCAAAAGUCGGGCGCAGGUCCUAGUACUCGUUCGCAACCAUCAGUUUCCGCACCAUUCUCGUCCAGUGAACACACUUCCAAAAAAGAGGUUACACUGUCGGUAACUAUUAAUGAGUCAGAUGACAGUGACAAUCUAGAAUGUCUUGAAGUGGAAGGCUGCGAGUCACUGCAAGUGAUAUUCCAACCUAAAGAAAGCAAUUAUGCACACAAAUUUACCAAGAUCAAACGAUUGGUAUUAAAAGCUUGGCCAAUGUUAAUUGACAUAUGGGAAAUGGGUUCACAACAAAUCGACGGCUUUCGGAACUUGAGAUGGCUAGAAGUACAUGGUUGUGAGCAAAUGAAAUAUUUGUUUUCACCUUCCAUAGUUAAACUUCUUAUCAGCCUAGAGCAGAUAAAAGUUAUAGAUUGUUGGAUGAUGGAAGAAAUUGUUGCAGAGACAGAAGCAGAACAUGCAGAGGAAAUGGAACUUCCUCUAGUGAAUUCCAUCAUGCUUCGUAAUCUACCAAACUUCAAGCGUGUGUGCACUGAAGCUUAUACUUUAAAGUGCCCAUCCCUGGCAGUGGCGGAAUUGGUUUACAUUGAAUGCAAUCCAAAACUGAAAAUAAAAAUUGAUCUCGGGAUUCUACGCACAAUUCCUGCAGAGAAUGCAUCUGUCUUGAGGCAAAGGAAGGUGGAUGGUGGUUUUCUCACACACAUUUUCAAGGUGGCAUGGGAGUUCGAACUUGAGACCACUGGUUCGCAAUCAAUGCCCUUUUCCACUGGACUUGGAUAA